CAGAGGUAAACUUCCUGUUUCUUUCUGAAAUGUGAAAUGGCGACGUGGGGCAGGUUCGGGGCGAGUCUGCGGAACUUCUUCAGGAGUUCUUGGAGCCUGGGCGGUAAAGUCCCGCGGUAUCCGGCGGUCGGAGGCGCGGUGUUGGGCUGCCUGGUCGCCGGCGGUAUUUUCCGGUACCGUCACGAGCCGCGCUGGAGGUGUUUACAGCCGACCGUGUUGGCCAAGGAGACCGCGGAUGAUGACCACCCCAUCCCAGCAGUCUCGAUGCGGCGUUUGCGCUUCAACCAGUUUGCUUCUUUGAUUUAUGAGCAGGAGGUGUACAUGACACCCAGAGACUUCCUGUACUCCAUGAUGCUGGAGCAUGUGGAACAUGAACUGCAUAAGAGGCACCUGUCCAAAGCGGAAGUAGGCAAGAUGCUGACGGUGGCUUCUCAAGCCAAGCCAGGAAGCAAUCUGUUCAGAGAAAUUGGAGACAAUGGGCUGAUCUCCUACACAGAGUACCUGUUCCUCCUCACCAUCCUCACCAAGCCACAUACCGGAUUCAACAUCGCGUUCAAGAUGCUCGACAUCGACGGCAACGAGCAGGUGGACAAAAAGGAGUUUGAGAAGCUGAAGAAAAUCAUCAGACAAAGGAAGGUUGUGAAAGAGGUGGCAGAGACGGCAGCCUCGGAGGACAGCAAUGAGCCCAGCACCACGCUGCAGGCCUACUUCUUCGGCCAUAAGGGACAAAAUAAAUUGAAGUACAAAGAGUUUUGCAGGUUCAUGGAGGACCUGCAGGUGGAGGUGCAGGAGAUGGAGUUUCUGCAGUUCUCCAGAGGCAUGGGCACCAUGCGGAGGGAGGACUUUGCUGAUUGGCUGUUGCACUACACCAAUGAAGAAGGCAACGCAGAAUACUUGGAGAACCUCAGAAAGAAAAUACCGACAGGGCAGAGCAUCACUUUUGAGGAGUUUAAAGCCUUCUGUCUGUUCACCAACAACCUGGAGGACUUUUCUAUCUCGGUGAAGAUGAUUGCUGAUGCUAACAGACCAGUUGGAAUAGCUCAGUUUAAAAGAGCUGUGAAGAUUGCCACAGGACACGAGCUCUCGGAGAACGUUCUGGACACAGUCUUCCAAAUCUUCGACCUCGACGGAGACAAUUGUCUCAGCCAUAAAGAGUUCAUCUCUGUGAUGAAGGACCGAAUGCUGCGAGGUCUCAGGGUUCAUUCCCAGCAGGGCGUAUCAGGUUUCUGGAAGUGUGUGAAGAAAGAAAUGCUAAAAGGAGCUCAGGAGGCUCUCAGUCGCAGCAGCAGCCCUUUCUGAAAGGAAACACACCUGUUCCAGGGGCGGACCUUGUGGAGUUAGGGGUGUGGCUAUUCAGCCUUGGUUAUGGUAAAGUCGACAAGCUCAGCUCGGCAUGUGGAGAUGCACCAUGCUGGUCUAUUAGAUCCUCCAUGGCACUUGGCCACUUUCUCAGCUGACUGUCAGUGUUUUAUCCACAUUAACUUCCACCGUGUCCCAAUUUAACGAUUGUGUUUGUGUUAGACUAAAAAGUUAGUCACAUCACCUUUAUUUAUGAUGUUUUGGACAGUAAUCAUCAGGACAUCAAUAAUUUUCUUCCAGGAUGCUUUAUUAUUUGGGAUGUUCAGUCAGAAUAUUUAAACCAAGUUGAGUCUAAAAUGUUUACAGGGACACAACGUCUGUUAGUAAAGGGGGAUUAUGAAUUUCUGUCCAACAAGUCAGAAUGUUAUCGAAUCUAAGCUGGGAUGAUGGUAAAUUUGUUGGUUUUGGGUCUUGCAGGGUGAAGCUUUAAAGCACUUUUCACUUGUUUAUGAAUAAACAUAUGCAGGUUUGGGUUUUUUAAUAAUUUGAUAUAUGAAACACUUUUUUUUUUUAUAUGAAAUAUUUUUACAUACCAUUGUCCUGUGUAUUAUUAUGAUUAUUCCUGAAAGUUCCUGAGCGUGCUUUCACACCUUUUAGUCAGGUUCCUGAGUCCGAAUCAGAGUGAAAUUGUUGUGCUUGGUUUGUUUGCUGUUUGGUUUGUUUUCACACUGCGUGUACUUUUAAUGAACAACAGCAGCAACAAAAACAAUUGGUGGAGGAUUCAUUAAUUGGUCAGAAAUACGAGAACAGAAAAAAGUAAACAAACCUUUGCCAAGGUUUUACAUUUUUUCCCCCUCUCGUCUGUCUUUCUUUUCUGUCCAAAUAUCCCAGACAUUUCUGGAGCACUUGGUUGUUCUUUGGCUUAACUGGCAGCUUACGUCUUGAGACAAAUGUCAUCUACAACCCAAAACAUGCGGCAUGUUUGGUUUGCAUCCUGUAUUUGGGUCGAUUCAGGAUUGGAUCACUUUCUCACUGCAACGGAACCAAGCUUGGGUUCGGUUUGAACUGUACCACAGCCACCACGCAGAGAUGGUCUCAUGGUGUGGUUUUUUUUUUCUUUUUUUUCAGCUGGUUGUUUUGAGUGUCAGCCGAACAUGAAACAAAUUGUAUCAAAGAGGAAAAUGUACCAGGUUUCGAUUCAAAUGGACCAAAGACUGGAGAUGUGAAAGCACUAUUUGCAGAUUCUCUCUCUCUCUCUCUCUCUCUCUCAUAUAUCACACUAAUCUGGUGCAAAUGUUAAAAAAAAUUAUCCUAUUUUCUUUGUUUUUCACACUGCUGUUAAAAAAUAAAAUGUGCAUGUUUCAGA